AUGUUUGCUACUGAUGUGUUAUGUCUAGACAAGAAACUUCUAAUUGUAUCGUUUGAUGGCUUCAGAUCUGAUUACCUUGACCGUAUAGAGACGCCCAACAUAGAUGGGUUCAUUAAAGAAGGAGUACGAGCAGACUAUGUGACUCCAACUUUUAUAACAAAGACGUUUCCUACCCACUAUUCUAUUGUAACAGGACUGUAUCAGGAGAGCCAUGGCAUUGUGGGUAAUAGCAUGUACGACCCGAUAUUAAACGAUACAUUUGAUAUGGACACACACGACACUGAAUGGUGGGACAAUGGUGGCGAACCAAUGUGGGUGACGGUAUCCAAGCAAGGAGGGCGCUCUGCUACAUAUUUCUGGGUUGGCGGGGAGGCCGAAACAAAUGGAGGCUACCGCCCCGAUAUAUGGAUACCGUAUAAUGAAAGUCAUUCAUACACGGCACGCAUCGACACCGUCGUGAAAUGGUUCACCGAAGAAAAUAUCGAUUUUGUAGCACUGUACUUUGACGAACCGGAUGGAGCUGGACAUGAUUAUGGCCACGGCUCUGACGAAAUAGAGGACAUGGUGAAGAACCUGGAUAAACUUUUUGGCUAUCUCAUCGAUUCGUUUAAAUCAGCUGGUCUCUAUGACAUUGUUGAUAUUAUUGUCACUGCAGAUCACGGGAUGACUGAUAUUUUUGCUGCUCAAAAAAUUUAUUUAGAAGAUUAUGGUGUUCAACCUAGCGACAUUUACAUUAUCACCGAAACUGGUCCGAUAAUGAGCAUCCUACCAAAUGAUGGAAAGUUAGAUCAGGUGUACAAUGCCAUCAAAGAUGCACAUCCAAACAUGACGGUUUAUUUAAAAGAAGAUAUUCCUGAGUAUUGGCACUAUCAGGACAGUAUACGUAUAUUACCAAUUUUGGUUGUUUGCGAUGAAGGAUGGGAAUUUCUUAAGCGAUCAGACAUUCCCCAAUCUCGAUUGGACAUGCCCGGUAACCAUGGUUACGACAACCGCUUGAUGUCAAUGAAGCCGUUAUUCAUCGCUCGCGGCCCAGGAUUCAAAAAUGAUUUCCAUGCUGAGCCUUUCGAUACGGUUGACAUAUAUCCGUUGAUGUGUGAUUUAAUGGGUCUGCAGCCGGCACCAAACAACGGUUCCCUUAGCAACGUGAGAGAUAUGAUAGAGGAUGACCUCACUGGGUCGAAAAGUAGAAUAACACAUGACCUAGCACUUAUGAUUACGGCUUUUUUUAUGCUUUUAAAACUGACAAUUUACUAAGUAAAUAAUGAUAAGACGUUUCUCUGUGGAUCUGGUUUGUGGAAAUUUUGAAUUAUCUGUCGUUACCACAACCUUGAGAGAGAAUAUCAGUGUAAAUCAAUGGUGCUGUAUUACUAAUAAACGCAAAUUAUAUCCUGAAUAGAGGCAUGUAAAUAACAAAUAUAUCAUCGCCGAGCUGUGGAACUAUAGCUCAGCUUGUGGCGAUCUGAUGGUAUUAUAUACAUGAUAUUUGUAUGGUACGUCGAUAAAGUAGAGCUCUACUGCUCAUAAAACCAACAGGUCGACUCAUUAAGCAGAGCUACGGACUAACAGCUAGUAGAGCACUUGUAUGCGAAGGCUAAACUCUAGACAGUAACUAUUAAAACGUAAUUUAGUCAUCAGUAUGCUACUGUACUUUUCUUUUUUUUGUUUAGUGGUUUCCCUUUGUUUUUGUUUGAGAAAGAAAUGUUUUGGGUCCAAUUUUUGUAUUUUCUAUAUCAGAAGCGCAAACAUCAGUAGUCCAGCAUGACUAAAACAUAAUAGAAACAUAAUAAUUAUACUAAAACUCAAAAAGAAUUAGGCACUUAAUAUAUGUAUUAAUACAACCAGAAGCAGCCCAAAACGUCGUUACGUCACACUGAUGCACCUGUGGACCAAGUUUUGCGAAAAUCCAUGCAGUGGGUGCCGAUUUAGGAUUGAUUGUACAAACUAUGCAUUUAACAUGCAUGUGUUAUGAUAUUCUAUUUUUGCUGUAAUACAAAUGUAUUUUGAUAAUGCCCAGUUAGCUAGUGCAUGGAGCUAAAAUAAUUAUUUUAGCUCCAUGGCUAGUGAGGCUUGCCCAGCUGCGGAAUUAGAAUAGACAGCAUGUAUUGUCAUUGCU